AUGUCCUCCGUCAAAGACUCCCCCGACCCCGGUGACCAACCCAACCCAGCACGACAGGCCAUGGCCGCCAAUGCCUACUUGACCCAAGCAGAAUCUAUCGUCAAGGUCCUUCAGAAGAUGAUCGCAAAGCGGCCUGUAUAUAUCGACCCAUCCCUCUACAUCUGCGGUCACGUUGUCCAGAUGACAAUGGCUGUGCCUACUAUCACAGUCUCUUCUCCCAAGGCCACCUCCGGAUCUCCCAUGACCCGGGCUGUCACAACCCCCAUCGAGCGCAACAUCCAGAAACUCAUGGUAUCUUCUUCGCGCCUAACUAUCACGACACGUUCAGCAACCUGCGCCUAUCAAAACCGGCGAUGA